ACCUGGGUUCUUGGGGAUUCAGAGCUGUUACUGUGGGGUCUUGGAGCAGAACCUGUGCUCUGAGCUCCAGCUUUUCCUUGUCCUCAGCCUCCCCGAGGUGCUCUCCACAAGAUGGCAAUCUUCCCUGCCAGUCUUCCCUUCCCAGUCUUCCCUCCCAGUCUUCCCUCCCUUCUCAGGCUCCAUCACCUGGGGCUGCCGACAGCACAGCUCAGUGUGGAAGUGUUGGAAUGUGUUCCCUCAUCCCCAGCCCUCUGCUUUUUGUCACAUCCUCUGUGGGGACACGAACCUCUGCUUGUCCUGGUGUGUGCCACCAGCCCCUGCACACCUUGGGAUGUCCCUGGCUGCUGGGGGAGCACUGGCUGUGUCCCACGGGCAGUUUGGGAUGUCCCUGGCUGUGGGGGCUGUGUCCCACGGGCAGUUUGGGAUGUCCCUGGCUGCUGGGGCUGUGUCCCACGGGCAGUUUGGGAUGUCCCUGGCUGCUGGGGCUGUGUCCCACGGGCAGUUUGGGAUGUCCCUGGCUGCUGGGGCUGUGUCCCAUGGGCAGUUUGGGAAGCAGAGCUGUGUCCCUGCCGAGGGCUGGCAUGUGCCAGGGCUGGCAUGUGCCAGGCACACGGCUCUUGGCUGUGUCCCCCAGGCUGGCACGGGGGCUGCCUUGGCUGGUGGGAGCUGGCAGCCCCUGUGAGAGCAGGCAGAGCAGCUCUGUGGCUGUCCCUGUGUCCCCAGCUGGCAGCCAGCAGCCGGGGGAGCCGGGUUGGGCUGCAGCAGGAGCUGCCAGGGCCCCGUGCCCUGCCCAGGCUGAGCUCUGCAGUGUUGCUGCUGCUGCAUUCCUGCCUGCAGCCUCUGCCCGCGGCCUCGUGGCGUCUGCCGGGCUGGGGGCUGGCCUCGGCUUCCCAAAAGCUGCGUGGGGAGAGGCUUUUCUCCUGGAGAGCUUCCAGCCCACUGCUUCCAUCCAUGUGUGCCCGGCCUCCCUUCCCUCCCUGCUGGGCUCACGCCGCUCCCAGCGCCGGGGCAGGGCUGCUCCAGCUGGCAGGAGCUCUGUCCCUCCUCCUCCUCCUGCUCCUGCUCUGGUCAGCAGCUCUGGGGGAAGCUGGGCUCAGCUUCCCAGCCUCAGCUUUCCAAAUUCUCUGCCUGGAAGGCAGGAAGCACCGGCAGAUGAAAGGAGAGGAGAGCCAGUGGGGAUGGAGACACUUCAAAGCUGCUGCUGCUGCCCCAGGGCUGGCCCGUGGUGCUCUCUGCCUGCAGGGGCUGGCAGGGAAGAGCCCCUUCCCUCCCCCAGAGCCCUGGCAGGCGGCACAGAGCAGGAGUGGGAGGCUGGAGGGGAAGAGCUGGCACCGAGGCAGGAGCUGGCAGGAGCCAGGCUGGGCUUGCAGUGAGCCAGGAGAGCAGGAGGUGCUGCCCUGCCCUGCCAGCAGCACUGCUGCUGCUCCCCCCGUCCCCAGGGACAUGUUCCUGCUGGGAGCAGGGAACCGGGCAGCGUUUGGCCUCCCUGCAUCACUUCCAGUAAGAGCAGCUGGGGUUUUGCCCUGCGGGCUCUGCUGGAGAAGCCUUUGGUGUCGCAGGCUGGCAGUGGGACAGAGUCAGCCCCGGUGAUGACAGGGCUGGGGAGCCUCAGUGCCAUACCCACAGCCACACGUUGGUGUUCUGAGGGCUUUUACUCCGCUCAGAUCCCAUUGUUCCGUUUGGCAGAGCAGGGAAAAGCACACACAGACCCUGAUUUUCCCCUCUCUGUCCUUUAUCCUCUUUUCCUCCCCUGGUUGUGUCCCUGCCUCUCCUCCCAGGGCUGAGAUCUCAUUAAAUUUCAUUAAUAUCUGUGGCAGCUGAGGGUGGGACUGUGAGGGGAGCAGGGGCUGUGUGAGGGAGCACACAGCUCCAAACUGCACCGACAGAGCCCAGGAUUCUGCAGGAUUUCUGGUGACACUUCUGCAAGGGAAGAAAAAUGAUAAUGGAUGUGGCAGAGGAUGGAAUGGAUCUGGGGCUGCAGCUGGGGGGAUCAAGUGAGAUAAAUCGAAUGACAAAUGCAUCUCUCAGUGGAGAUAAAUAUGCAGCACCUAUAAAAAAUAAAUAUUUUAGGAAGGGGGGGUGAGGGCAGGACGGGCUUCAGCAGCAGAGGAAUUGUUGUGCUGAUGGUUUCUUUGUGCUUUGGGGGAGGCAGGGAAGGUCUGGGCCUGAGUUCCCAUUUUUCUGGGCUGCUGCUGUGCUGGCAGCUGGGAUGUGCUGGAGGGAGAGGGACAGGGGAAGCCCCUGCUGCUCCUGGAUGGGGAGAGCUGCAGCAAACACCCCUCAGAGAGCAGUGUCCUGGCAGGAGGGGCUGGCUGGCACUGCCACCUCGGGAUGAACAGUCACACCCUCCCACUUGGCACUGACAGGAGGGACACAUCUCCCUCCCUUCCCUUUCCUUCCCUUUCCUUCCCUUUCCUUCCCUUCCCUUCCCUUCC